AUGUGGAACCUAUUUCCACUCCUAUUCAGUAUAGUUUUAAUUGAGGGGAAGCACUUUAUUAUUACUAAAGCAGAGUGCAUUUCCUUGGAUUCGAAAUUUAGCUAUUUCAAAAACUGCGAAAUGAAAACCGAUGAAAAAGGUCGAACCACAUUGAAUUUUCACGUGGUUGUUCGUUAUAAAGAACCCAUCAAUGACAUAACUCUGGGCCUCACUUUAUUUAAAAUAUCAAAGACCUACCGAAUUCCAAUAUUAAAUGAGACUAUCGAUUUUUGUGCUUUUAAGCGGGAAUCUCUCCACGACAUCAUUUUUAAAGGCGUUGACAAUGAACACGGCAUGGCUGAAAUACCUGCACCCAAAGGCAACUAUAUUUUACAGAUACGAGUGGGAGCAUUCCAAAAAUGGAAAGCAGAUAUAAAACUUUACUCCGUUCAAAAGUAA